CCAGAAGGAGGAGAUCGAGGGAACCAGCAGAAGGAAGAAGAAGAAAGAGAGGCGAAACGAGGGGGAAAUGGAGGCGCAACAGGGCACUCAGGAGCUGCACCUCGCGCUCGCCCACAAGCUCUUCCUCCUCUCCCACCCCGACAUCGACGACAUCGAGAAGGUCCGCCUCCGCGAUGAGGUCCUCGAUGCCGUCAAAACCGACGACAUGUCCUCCCUGUACGAAACCCUGGCCGCCGCCUCGGUGCUGGAGAUGGACGCCACGGUUCUUGAUUCCAUGAGGAGGAGGAUCGACAACGAGCUCAAGAAGCUCGAUGACAAGAUUGCUGAUGCUGAAGAAAACCUUGGAGAAAGUGAAGUACGUGAAGCUCACUUAGCUAAGUCCCUGUUCUACAUUCAGAUUGGCGACAAGGAUAAGGCAUUAGAGCAGCUCAAAACAACUGAAGGAAAAACUGUUGCUGUUGGUCAAAAGAUGGAUCUGGUCUUCUAUACAUUACAACUUGGUUUAUUCUACAUGGACUUUGAUCUUAUUUCCAAGUCCAUUGACAAGGCUAAGAAUUUAUUUGAGGAAGGUGGUGAUUGGGAGAGAAAGAACCGGUUAAAAGUAUAUGAAGGUUUAUAUUGCAUGGCCACCAGAAACUUUAAGAAGGCAGCCAAUUUGUUUUUGGACUCAAUAUCGACCUUCACAACUUAUGAGCUAUUGUCUUAUGAUACCUUCAUUUUCUACACUGUCCUAACAAGCAUUAUAUCAUUGGACAGAGUAUCACUUAAACAAAAGGUUGUGGAUGCACCUGAAAUCCUUACAGUGAUUGGCAAGAUACCACAUCUAUCUGAAUUUCUUAACUCGCUCUAUGGCUGCCAGUACAAGUCAUUUUUUUCUGCAUUCUCUGGGCUGACUGAGCAAAUAAAGUUAGAUCGCUAUCUACAACCUCAUUUCCGGUUUUACAUGAGGGAAGUUCGAACAGUUGUCUAUUCCCAGUUCCUUGAAUCAUAUAAGAGUGUGACUAUGGAAGCAAUGGCGACAGCUUUUGGAGUUUCUGUUGAUUUUAUUGAUCUGGAAUUAUCUCGGUUCAUAGCUGCUGGGAAGCUUCACUGCAAGAUCGACAAGGUUGCCGGUGUUUUGGAGACGAACAGACCCGACGCAAAAAAUGCACUUUACCAGGCAACCAUCAAGCAAGGGGACUUCUUAUUGAACCGAAUCCAGAAGCUCUCUCGUGUGAUAGACUUGUAAUCGGAUAAUGUUUUCCUGUUCCCACUCGGAAACUUGUCUUCACGACUUCAUCUACAUCUUUGACAGCUUUUUGUAGUUGCAGCACUUUCAUAUUAGAUUGCAACUCUUAUUGAUCCCUGUCCUCGAGAACUACUACUGUCUUCAAGCCUUUGCCUUGAGAAACUAUAUUCAGUAGUAUUAUUGGACUUAUUUUUAAUGGAAUUGCUUUGACCUCCUAGUUUUAUU